AUGGUGUUUGUAGUGAGGAAACGAUCUGAAGAUGGGCAAGGGGAAGAUUGCUGCUCAAGUGAGCCUGUAUAUAGUCAUGCUGCUAUCGGAGCAUACAAGCAACUGAUGAGUACCCAACCUGCAGCUGAGGUGGUCAGUCACUGGGAGAACACAGGGUGUACAAAGGUCGUUGUCAAGGCUCCUGACGAGCAAACAUUACUGGAUGUGAGGCAACAUGCUAGGGAGUUAGGUCUCAACACUCACGUUGUGAGGGAUGCUGGACGCACUCAGAUCGCACCAGGCUCUAAGACAGUGCUCUGUAUUGGACCAGGUCCAGUAGAGAAGGUGGACACGACAACAGGACACCUUAAACUGUUAUAGCCGUAGAAUAUAAUAACAGUACUACAUGUAUUUAUUUUGUGACUUUUUUAUGUGAAUUUUACAUUGGAAAGAAUAUUAAUAUUAACAAA